UGACACAGAGUGUGAAACUAAAGUAACAGAGGUCAGAGUGGAGCUGAGCGUGUUCGUGAGUGAAGACGAAGAGGAGUGGAGAACUGGAGACAAAGGAAGAACCAGGAUGUUUCCUUUCUUUUCUCUCUAAUGCACACAUUCAUUCAUGCACCAGUCCUGCUCCCCUCCUCCCAGGUGGAGGGACAAUGACGCUCGCCGCCUGACUCUCUCCUCUCAUCAUCGCCACCCCCUCCACCCGUCUCCCACUACAGCUGGAUAAGCCAACCGCUAACCAGCUCGACUGACUCGUACAGAGGAGGGAUUUGAAGAUUGCAUCCUCACAUUUGUAAUCAGAUGUAGGAGAGGAUUAUCUCAAGGUCUCCUCCAUCUUGUGCACACCCGGGGACUGCUGAGACUAAAAGGGAAGAGAAGAGGAGGCUGGGGGAGGAGAGCAGGGAGGGAUCACUGGCGCCACAGUGAAUGGAGUGGAGUUAGAGAGAGGGAGAGGUCACCUGUGGAUGUGAGGAGGAGGAGGAUGAAGGCUUUCUAAGGAACUGCACCCAUCACCCGGCACAUCCGAAAGGGAGAGGAAAGAGGGGUGGACAGAGCCUUAGCAGCAAGUGUUUCACUGUGAAAGGUCUUUCAUGGCAGAGGCCGGCCAUCCUGUGUCGGAGCUGUACCCACUGGGGGAAGCUGUUUCUUUGGAGUCUACCCUCUGUGGUCAGCCACUCUUUGACACCUCCAAGAGGUCUAUGCAGGCAAUAACACCCCCCAGACUGACAGGGGUACCUGGUUACCCCUGCCAGGAGGAGGAGCCAAAGGAGGCUGUCAGUGUACCUCCUACCAGAGAAGCUAACUGUAGCAAUCUGAGGGUCGGUGCGGAGCCUGGUGAACAGGAACAUAGCCCAUCGGAACACUGUGUGCCCCCCAGGGCUUUGAGCCACCCCCAUACUCCGGCUGAGACACAUACACCGUCACAUCACAACAAGAUAGUCGUUAAUUCAAUCAGUAACAACCCUCAAGCUAGCGGGACAGUGCAGAGCACAAAGCCAGCCUCCCUACCAGUUCACCGGAGUCACUCAGACACUUUACCUCUGGUUAAACAGGGAUCCCCCGCCCCGGCUGCAGACACUAAGACUUGCGGACUUGUUUACCACGGAGGAGAUAAGAGUAUCCAAGAGGCUGAGAGUUGCUCCAUGUUAGCUUGCAAGCAGCCCAUGCAGCUGCAGCAGUGCAACAUCAUCACCACUAUCUGCAGAGGGGCCAACAGUGGAGAAGGUGGUGCACAGCAGCCUCAGAGCAGGUGUGUCUGCCUCUCGUCCCCCAAGGCAGCAGCCAAAGUGGAAGGUGCUCAAGAGAAGGGUGAUCUUCCCCUUAUAUGUGACAAUGCACUCUGCUACGGCUCUUAUAUCCAUCAUGGCAAUUUUGAGGACACCUUUGCUGCUUACUGCCAUCCCCAGCCAAUCCCAGCCCCCUCCCAGCUGCUGCCACCCAUGGCAGGCGUGGAGCCAUGCAACAUCCAGCGUGCAGCGGGACCUCUUUCAGCGACGAACCACCUCACCCCGCCUCGCCUCAUCUCCUCUGUCAGUGACACCGGCCUGGAUGCCAAACACCUGCUGCGGUGCUGCAACCUCAACUACUCUUGGAUCAGCUCGCUGCCUCCUGGUUCUGGGCCGCAAUCUCAAAAAUAUUUUGGUGGAGAGGAGUGCUGCAGCAGUCCCGCUCACCAUGUCAGAACCACGACCCGAGACACAGGGACUAUGACAGCCCACACAGAGCUGAGGGAUGUUGGGGUGCAGACAGGACAGACUGCCACACCCCAUGUGUUCCCCCAAAUCUGUCUGACAGAAGAGAGCGGGAGUGAGACUUCACGCAGCCAAAAUCAGAACACCGACAGGCAUGGAGGCAGGAAAAAGGGUGGUGCUUCCAAGUCCCCGGUAAAGGAGGUGAAGUGGGAUGCGGAAGGGAUGACAUGGGAGGUGUACGGGGCCUCGGUGGAUCCUGAGGAGCUGGGCCUGGCCAUCCAGAAACACCUGGAGUUGCAGAUCAAGGAGACAGCAAGCCAUGCAGCCAAGCUGUCGCAACAGAACAACAAUACCUCCCGGCAGAGCGGGACCACCAGCAGUCAGAGAAAGAGGAGCAAGAUGAUGGGCUCCAUCCCAACCCCGGCCUGCUGCGCUCGCACCACUACAGCUGUCGACUAACUGACCAGCUGACUGAUGGACACGACAGAACCUGAACACUGUGUUCAGUAGCCUGGAUGGCUACUCAAAGCCUCAGCCUCAAAUGUCUCCCAUCUAAUCAGAAGGUCUGUGGACUAAUCUGCAUACUACUACUAAGAAUGGCCUGCAUAGCAGAAUCAAAGGAAAAGCUUCAGCUGAAACGAUUAAGAUUUGUCAUCAGUAUGAAAAAAAGUGCUGAAGAUGAUGAAACAAACUAUUUAUCUUUCAUCGUUUGUUAUCAAUGGUUCUGGUUAUCUAUUAGAAGAUCCCUGCAGCUGUGCACUGCCAGUGUUUUCAGAGGGCCACUCCAUACAGGUGUGUCUUCAUAAUAAAUUACUCACAGGAAAUAUAGCAUACAUAAUGAAACAACACCUGUGUGGUGUGAAGCAAUCUGAUACAACAGUCCUGCAAUAAAUACUACUCUUAACACUAAGCUUAUAAUGAAUGUGUGGGGUCACAAUACAGAGACACAUCGACCUAACCCUAACCCAAGCUCACACUAACCCUAACCCAAGCUCACACUAACCCUAACCCAAGCUCACACUAACCCUAACCCAUGACCAGUUACAUCAUUGCUUCUCCUUCCCCUCCCUGGAACUUUGCGGUUUUGGUGUUCCUCCUCCUGGCUGACUUGGACUCCACAUGGCGUAUGGGGUCUUGAGUGACAUGCAUUGGCACAUGUCAGUGGCAGUCCCACUCAGGAGGGUGACCCUAAUCCCCCACAUCCCAGUCUAAAGCCUCAGAAUCUACCGUAGAGUCAAAUCAACACCUCUCUUACACGGUCCCAACAAAAAGUGAACAUUAAAAGCACACACAUACACAGAAAAAGGAAAUGAGUAUCAUAAUAAUACUGUAAGAAAAGUAAAAAGUCUGCUGAUCAAGUCCUGUGGGAGAGAAGUAAAGACCUUGUGGCCUCCAAAAUCAAUAAAUACUGCACAUACUGUAUGUGUUUGCGGAAUUCAGACUAUGGAAACAAGAUGCUAGUCUUUUAUUGAGUGUGUGAUGGACACAUUUACAUUCUUCCAUGUGUUAACUUAGUCUACCUGUAUUUCAUCAACAUGGUUUAAGCUCUUGAGUUGGCAGUUUCAGUACAUCUUCCUUUCCUGCAUAUUUAUUAUGAGUCUCUUUGCUGAGAUGUUUUUGGAUUUUGGUUUUUGGCAAUUUUGGAUGUGAUUUAAAUGACACCAGGCAUACUGUGUAUAGUUUGUGUACUGUUCUACUGUAUGAACAAACAGGAACAUGAUCAAUCUUCACAGAAUCUAUUUUAACCAAAUAUACUGAAAGACCAACAACAUUAGAACAUUUGAAACCAUUGUGAGACUUUCUCUGACUCAUUCAUCUAACUUCAUGAAUAUGCUGUAAAAUGCCUGGAUUCCUGUGGGAAUAGAGCAUACUAAUAUAGGUGUAUGCAAAUAAAUGUACAGUAACAAGAGAAUAUAGUCCAUGGACAGAUCGCAGUGGAAUGUCAUGGU